AUGGCAGCUCCGGGGUCUUUUUUGCUAUCUCGUGCAGAGGUUUUGGGUGUGUAUGGUGACACCUUCUACAACCGCGUCACCCUGGUCAACAACGUCACACCGCUGUCAAAGAGCCGUUGUUGGGUGCAUCAAACCGCAAGUGACAUACGCGAUUUCGAUGAUGCGGAUCGAGCGGAGUGCCUCUGCGGCUUCCAUAGGCAGGGAUAUGCCUCAUGUGCACAGCGACAUUAUGUGGAAGGCCGCCUUCGACACAUGUGGGACCGACGUUCCAAUGAUGAAGCUACUGGACUUGUUUGCUUCGGCAAUACGCGAUGCGUAGCUUUAAUAUCGAACGAUGGGGUGUAUCUGUUCAGUAGUAUGCAGAUGUGCGAUGCUGGAAGCGCACUUUCCAACGCUAACGCGUCGAAGGUCUCACUUGCACACACACACGGGUCGAAGGAUGGCAACAUAAUAUGCGCAGAUUGCCGUAAUGCUGCCAUAGCGAGCGUGCCGACAUUUAAAGAUGUUAUAGGAGCUAUUAAAGGAUUGCUUCAAAGAGGUGAAUCGCUAAACGCGGGACUAACACUCAUGCAAAAGUUUUCCGUAGGCCGAGAGGGUUACAAUGCUGAAUCCGACAUAUAUCACGCAUUGGAAAGGGCACAGGAUGCGGCGAAGGCAGUUGGGGUUUUGGAAGGUUUAAUACCUGCGGAUGAAAGGCCAGGCUCGUUCGAAUUAGGUGUCGAUUCAAGCCUAAUCGCAAGCUGUAAUGAUUUGGCAGAAUCCCUUAUAUCCAAGUGCCGUAAGGACCUAGUUGCAGUCUGCUCGUCGUUAGUGGGCCUCGUGAACGCUUAUUGCCAACCGCCGCUUAUUGUUAGGUUCCGCUGGUUGCGUCACUACAUGGCGCUGGAGUAUCGUGUUGAGUACAGUGCAGAUUUAUCCAACUGUUUUUUUGAUGCGAUUUCUGGGCGCUAUGUUCCGGAUGUGGCACAGGAAAAUGUUGUGCUACACGAGAUUGUUCAAUGCAGUCAGGUAUCGCUCAUUAGUGUCGAAGCGUGCUUCCGCUUGGCACUCGGACGGAUGAGCGACUUUUUGAUGUUGAGAAAAAUAUUUAAUUCGAAAAAUGAUUCUACUUUGUCCACACAAAUCGCCAAUGACGCACCGUCCUACACCGCCGCCGACGUCACCCCAUUUUGGUGGAACUACUACAGCUUCUCCAACACACUAGGCGAAGGGGAGAGCGUUACUGAGAAUUAUUCCGUUAAAAGGCUGACGCGAUCGCAGAUUUUGAAGGCCCACGAAGAUGGUGCGUCCACACCCGUCGCGCGCAAGUCGCGUAACAGCCUAGAGGAACAUUUCGUAAGCACACACUGCGUGUCCUCGGAUAAUUUAGCACAUUCGUGCGGAACUACAUUUGAGGCUCCUACUAGUAACCGCAAGGAACCACGUGACCCACACAGCGGCGAGGUUUCAAAUUACUCGCUGCACUGCAAGGCCACGCCGACGCUCUCGAAUCGUUCGCUGAAGAAUCCCUUGAACGAGAACAGCGUAGGCGCCGUAUCAACAAACGAAGCCAAUAUAUGUUUUUGUUUCAAAUGUUUAGACGCGGUGUCUAAUUUCGGCAGACAUUUUGGAACUCGUGACUUCAGACAAGAGAAUCGCCUUUGUACUGUUGUUUUGGGAGACGCCGUCCAGUCUAACGGUUUGGGUCAUAUUUAUAAUGGCUGGCAAUUGGAACACUGGGACGAUUACAAGACGACAAGUAUACUUAGGCGGUCUAUUCGAGCAGCGGUUGAGGCGAGUUGCACAUUGGGGCGUGCUAUAGUGAGUGACCAGCGGCACGUGAAGGCUGCUAUUGGUCAUUCAAUUAAGAUACUCAAUACGGCCUUACUUUCUACCUUGCGUUUGGGGGACUUCAUAUAUUCGUCAAGGAACGCAAUGGAAGUCCACAUCGGCCAACAGGAGGACCCCGUAAAAGAGUACUACGACUCUGGGGAGGCCAUGGAAGACGAAGGUUCCGAUGACUCAUGUUCUUCGGAAUCCACGCUGCGUGAUAUCAUUAGCAAUUCGUUUGUGGUUGGCAAUAACGUUUUCAACGGGCUCUACAGCACGUUUGAGAACGAUCAGUAUAUUCAGCAUGAUCUGGACGAGACAGAGGAAGCUCAGUUACAUAGUCCUCCGGCUGUGAUUCAUCGUAGUCCGCGCCGCAAGGACACCAGCCCAUCGCAGAGACGGUCUAUAAGCAACGCCCAGCAUUCAAGCAUUGAGUCAUCAGUGGAAGUCAACGUUCGCCAGAGCCGCAAGAACGCCCGCGAGAUUGCGAACAGUGAGGUAUACAUCUAUGACCUGAGCGAGCGUAAUGACGCCCUUUCGGAGUCUGCGGUGGAAGACUGGUACGAGAGUGAUGGCAGCGUCCGUAGUUCUCGCAGGCAACGAAAUAAACAGAGCACGAGUUCUCUGACGGAGAUUUAUGGCAACGACGAGGCGCUUAUUCCCAUGGGUCCGCUACCUAUAGGCGUAUAUUUCGACGCUAGCCGUAAGCUUUGGCGCUGCCAGUGGCGUGAGAAUGGUAAAUUCCGCACCAAAGGGUUUAGUUUGGGUCACUACUCUUCACUGUGCGAGGCACGCCGGGCGUGCAUCCUCUUCCGUUGCCAAGUGGGCAACAUGCCUGUGCAGCCGGAGUGGCUUAACCCGAACUACGUCCAAGUCUCUCAAUUGCUUUCGAAACGCACUACUACAACCAGCAACAGCACAUCUACCCCGAAAAAGUCCAAGCGGAAGCGCAAGGCUCACGUUGGGACGCUAGAGGUCGACCCGGUCAAAUGA